CAUCGCUAAUUUAGUUCGUGGUUACUACUAUUUUGCUUACUGUUUGUAGUUUUCCAACUAUUGCUCUAUUUUCAUUCUUUCAAUCUCAUUUACUGUGCGGGUUUUCAUUUUUUAGAAAUUACAAUGAGACUACUUAAAUAAUUUAUUAAAACUUGUAAAUUGCCACAGUAAUAAUUGUAAAAUGUUUAAUAAUUGUUAACCUAACCUUUCAAGAUGAAGAAAGAACGCACCGGUGAUAAUUGUCGACCAUUUAAAUUAGCUCACCAAAUUUUGAGUCUGACUGGAAUUAGUUUUGAGAGAAGAAGUAUUAUCGGCUUCGUGGAGUUAACUAUAGUACCCCUAAAAGACAACUUGAGGUACAUUCGCCUCAAUGCUAAACAGUGCCGUAUAUAUCGUGUUUGUUUGAAUGAUCAAUAUGAUGCUAAUUUCCAGUAUUUUGACCCAUUUUUGGAUAUAUGUCAAACUGAUCCCAAUACGAGGUCCUUGGAAGUAUUCUCUCAGUACCAUCUGGCUGCGGCCCAGAAGAUAGACCCAGACCAUAACUCUGGUGAACUUCAUGUACAAAUCCCAGAAGAUGCUGCUCACUUGAUUGGAGAAGGGAGAGGUCUUAGAAUUGGAAUUGAAUUUUCAUUGGAGUCACCCCAGGGGGGGAUGCAUUUUGUUGUACCUGAGGGAGAAGGAACUUUGGUGGAGAAAUCAGCACAUAUGUUUACCUAUGGACAUUCUGCACGUCUAUGGUUUCCAUGUGUUGACAGUUAUGCAGAGCCUUGCACAUGGAAACUGGAGUUCACAGUAGAUGAAACUUUAACAGCUGUAUCAUGUGGAGAGUUGGUUGAUGUGGUAUACACACCAGAUCAUAGGCGGAAAACAUUUCAUUAUGUUGUGAACACACCAGCUUGUGCACCUAAUAUAGCAUUGGCUAUUGGACCGUUUGAAGCUUAUGUAGACCCAUUCAUGAAUGAAUUUACACAUUACUGUUUGCCAAAUUUAAUGCAAAUAUUGAAAAACACAGUAAGAACUUUACACGAGGCAGUUGGGUUCUAUGAAGAGACAUUGUCUACUAGGUAUCCAUACCCUUGCUACAAACAAGUGUUUGUUGAUGAAACAGAAGACGACGCAACAGCUUAUACUACGAUGUCAAUAAUGAGCACACAUUUACUUCAUUCUAUAGCUAUUAUUGACCAGGGCUACAUAAGCCGCAAAGCUAUGGCACAGGCAGUGGCCGAACAAUUUUUCGGCUGUUUCAUCACUAUGCAGAACUGGUCUGAUCUGUGGUUAGCAAAGGGUAUACCUGAUUACUUGUGUGCCUUGUAUGCGAAAAAGUGUUUUGGUAAUAAUGAGUACAGGUAUUGGAUACAUCAAGAGUUACAAGAGGUAGUAAGUUAUGAGGAACAAUAUGGCGGAAUAGUUCUAGAUCCAUGGCAGCCGCCUGCUACAGGAGCACGUGCAGAUACAAAGGACUUUUAUUUUCCUGUACGCAAUGUGCAUACCAUGUCACCGAGAUAUAUGGAGGUGAUGCGCAAAAAAUCACAUCUAGUACUUCGGAUGUUGGAACAGCGUAUUGGUCAGGAGUUGCUCCUGCAAGUAUUCAACAAGCAGCUCUCGCUGGCCACGCAGGCUGCCAACACGAAGAUCGGCAGUCGGCUGUGGGGACAGUUGUUACUGUCCACAAACUCAUUUGUGAAGGCGAUAUUCACUGUGACGGGCAAACACAUGGCCGUGUUCGUUGAUCAGUGGGUGCGCACCGGCGGCCAUGCUAAAUUUCAGUUGACAUCUGUUUUCAAUAGAAAAAGGAACACAGUGGAACUGGAAAUCCGUCAAGAUUGCGUCCACGAACGGGGCAUUAGGAAGUACGUCGGUCCCUUGCUGGUCCAGUUGCAGGAAUUGGACGGCACGUUCAAGCACACGUUGCAGAUUGAAAACACGGUGGUGAAAGCGGACAUUACCUGCCACAGUAAGAGUAGGCGGAACAAGAAAAAGAAGAUUCCGUUGUGUACGGGAGAAGAGGUCGAUAUGGAUCUGUCGGCCAUGGAUGAUUCCCCCGUCCUAUGGAUACGACUUGAUCCCGAGAUGUCACUCCUGCGAAGUACGGUGAUAUCGCAGCCGGACUACCAGUGGCAGUACCAGUUGCGUCACGAGCGUGACGUCACUGCACAAAGCGAAGCUAUAGAUGCGUUGCACAACUACCCAGAGUCAGCUACAAGGAAGGCCCUCACUGAUACCAUAGAGAAUGAACAGACAUAUUACAAGAUACGGUGUAGGGCGGCACAUUGUUUGACCAAGGUAGCUAAUGCUAUGAUCAGUACAUGGGCGGGCCCGCCGGCCAUGUUGACGAUAUUCCGCAAGAUGUUUGGUUCGUUUUCCGCACCACAUAUCAUCAAGCAGAACAAUUUCGACAAUUUGCAGCACUACUUCUUGCAGAAGACCAUCCCUGUCGCUAUGGCUGGUCUACGCAAUAUUCACGGCAUUUGUCCACCCGAAGUUGUGAGAUUUUUACUCGAUCUCUUUAAAUACAAUGAUAAUUCCAAAAACCAUUUCUCCGACAACUAUUACAAAGCGGCGCUGGUCGACGCUCUUGCAGCAACCAUUACGCCAGUUAUAUCUGUAUUACAGCCGGGGGCACCAAUAACAGCGGAUUCGCUAUCAGCUGAUACCCGGCUAGUAUUAGAAGAGAUUACACGAGUAUUAAAUUUGGAAAAAGUACUACCGUGCUAUAAGAACACGGUUACCGUCAGCUGCUUACGUGCGAUAAGGCGACUGCAACAAUGCGGACAUCUGCCAAGCAUUCCCACCAUAUUCAGAGCGUAUGCACAAUAUGGACAAUAUAUUGAUGUCAGGAUCGCCGCUUUCGAGUGCUUGGUAGACUUCGUCCGGGUGGAUGGCAAGCCGGAGGACCUGUCAUACUUACUGACGGCCGUGGAGGGCGACCCGGACCCGGCCGUCCGGCAUGGGUUAGCGCGACUGCUCAUAAGCAAUCCGCCGUUUGAACGCGCCCAGAGGCACCGACUCGACACCGAAGCCGUUGUUCAUAGAUUAUGGAACAACAUAAACAGCCAUUUGUCAAACGACGCGCGACUACGUUGCGACCUUGUGGAUCUCUAUUACACAUUAUAUGGUCCAAAGAGGCCGAUAUGUGUACCAUUGCCAGAGAUUCAGGCCAUGAUGAAACAGAUGCACCAUAAGGAACGCGAGAGACUUGAACGGGAAAGGGAGAGGGAGAAAGAAAAAGAGAGACAGAAAGAGUUGGAAGUGAAACCUGUUAUAAAAAAAGAGAUUGAAGAUGUGAAAUAUAGUACAGAAAUUGGGCCACUUCAGGAAUCAGGGUCGUUCGUGCCGCCACUAUCGGAGCCUGAGCGCAUAGGCAACAUAUUGCCAGUCCCGAUCUCCAGCAUUAAAGAGGAGGACGUGAAGGUGGAUGUAACUACCGUUCAUGAUAUGCCCGGAGCUGUUUUCAAUGAUGCUGCAAAGAGGGAGUUCACAUCAGAUAAUGCUGUCCCAUUGCCUGGUAUUCCGGGCUCUUCUGGUCCAAUUGGUUUUGAACCGGGAAUGUUUAGCCACGAUAGGGAUGACAUGGGCGCACCUAAGGCAAAGAAGAAGAAAAAGGAUAAGAAGAAGCAUAAGCACAAACACAAACAUAAGCACAGCAGCAAGGACAAGUCGUCCAAAGACAAGGAGCAUAAAGACCGUUCAUUACCACCCCGGCCGCCGUCCAGUACAGAACACCUUAAAAUCAAAGAGGAAACACGGGAAACACUCAGUUCGUUCAGCUCAAGUCAAAGCCCCUCAGAAGACAUUUCGUCGAUGCCUAGCAAUAUGAGCUUUUGAGAUGAGAACGGACAGAGCAUUUAGUUAAGAGUGAUUUUUUAAAAGUGUAAAUAUACAUAAAACAUUUUCUUACUUUGCUAAUGGGUUAAAUGCUGAUGAAUAAUAAUUAAAUAUUAUUUAAAACAAGCUUCGCUGCAAAUUAUAUAAUUGAAUCGGUAGAAUCGAUUCAUAAUAACCGAUUGUCAAGUAAUUUCAGAGUUACAGAUCUCUGUAUCAGUAUCCAUCUAUGCAUACUGAAAUUAUCACCAGGUUACCAUAAACAGUAUUUGAUUUUGUCGACUAGUGACUAAUAUUUGAUUUGCCAAAAAUCAUAGAGCAUACUUAAAUUCAUCGUGUACAUCAGUGUUAGGAACAAACCCUUCAUUCAUCAAUCAAUCAAUCAUCAAUCAAUCAAUCAAUCAUAGCCCAUGGUGUGGCUGUUUUGUGGUCUAUAAUAGGUAAACCACUAGGUAGCGACACUCUCCUUGACUAUUAUGUAGUCUUAUAUCCACUAUUAUUAAUAGGUAACGUGAUAGUGUCUUGUCCUAUAGAAUUUAUUUAAUAAAAAAAAAAAAAAACAUUUUUAGUGCUGCUUUUUAUAUUGGAAUUCUAUUCAAAAUCUGUCGUUUAUUGUGAUAUAUAAUUAUUUUAGAUUGUGAUAAUUAAACUAUUGUAUAUUGUGCAAGUGUGAUGACGUUGCCGUUGCUUAUUAUUGUAGCGACGAUUUUAAUGAUCUUUUGUUUAAUGAUUCUUUAUGCUUUGUGAAUAUUAAAUAUGUCUUCAUUUAAUAUGGACAAAGCACAAAGAAUCGAGAAUCAUUUAAAGAGACUGUUCAGUUAAGUGAAAUGUUAGAGCCAAGCAUUUAAUUAGGGCGUUGGCAUAUCAACUAAUAGAAUAAGUAUUAGGUAUAAGAAAAUAAGUAUUUUUGUAAUUGUUUAUUAUUAGGUGACAGAAUAUUCUAGAAUUCAUUUAAAAUAAAUGCAGGUCGUUAAUAUAAAA